UUUUGAAGGCUCCAGAUAGCAUUUAUGCAGAUGAGUCAUACCAAGUUAGGGGGAAUCAUGUUGCAGGACUGGAACCCAACUGACACCAUUGGAUUGGAUGACGAUGUCGAAAAGAUAAAGGGUUGGAUGUUUGACACCACCAAACCGCUUCACCGCAUAGGCAUUGUGGGAAUGGGGGGCUUGGGCAAAACCACCAUUUCCCAGAAAAUCUUUCAUGAUGUGAAAGUAUUAGCCCACUUUGACAAGAUGAUCUGGGUGUGUGUUUCGCAGUCUUUCAGUGCCGAGCGGAUCAUGAGGAGUAUCCUGGAAAGGUUAGAAGAAAAUGUCUCUGGUUUUGGUCUUACUCAGAUUUUGAGCAAAAUUCAGGGAGGACAUAAAGGGAAGAGAUGCCUCAUUGUCAUGGAUGAUGUGUGGAGUCAAACAGAGGUGGACUGGUGGACUAACGUGUGUUCUGUUUUCCCAAAACAAAACAGCUGCAUCAUAAUUACAACUAGAAAUGAAGAUGCUGCAAUAAGUAUGGGAGUUGAGAGCUCGCAAAUUCACCGUCCCAAUACUCUUAACGAUGAUGAAAGCUGGUCUUUGUUCUCCAAGUUUGCAUUUUCUUUAAGCAGUGGAAUAUGCCUGGAUGACCAGUUUGAAAAUCUUGGAAAGGAACUCUUGAAGAAAUGCGGAGGACUGCCACUAGCAAUCAAGGCCAUAGGAUCCUUAUUGGCAUCAAAGAUCAACUCCCCUUCGCAGUGGAGAGACAUUCUUGAAAGUUUUCAUGCCUUAACAACAGAGGGAAAAGCUAGUUCAGUUAUGGCUUCUUUGCGGUUGAGCUAUGAUGAACUCCCGCCUUUUCUGAAACAAUGCAUGUUGUGUUUUUCCAUCUACCGUGAAGACUUUGAGAUAAGUGCUUAUCAGUUAAUUCAUGGUGGGUGGGAGAGGGCCUGGUUCAGGGCAAAGGCUCAAAAACAGCAGUAGAAGUUGGAUA